AUAGUAUAAUGUCUGCAGUAAAACGGUGUAUCAAAUUCAAUGGGUUUUUCAAAAUCGCUUACGACGCCGCAACAGCGGAGCCAUUCGCGAAUCGUUUCAAAGAAUUAUCUGCGAACGGAGACAGGAAUGGAAUGAUAAAACUUCUUAUCGAUAUACCGUACAUAGAGAACGUCAAAAUUGCCGAAUCGUACAGGGGUAAGGAUGACGUUUUGGCGGCUGAGAUUUACGGUAAAAUCCGCGGGGUGCAAAAUGAAAAUGGAGUUACGUGCGAACAGGAAAGUAGAAUUAGUGUCAUCACCGAAACACUGUUUACGGCCAGUGUAACUAGUAGAUUGUUUCUGGAUGCUCUUUCUGAUUGCGCCCAACACUGUUACGACUCGAAGGCUUUUGCGAGUUGCCUGAAAUACUGCGAUUGCAUGCUUGCGCUUCCCGUAAACCUGUACGAUAAGUCUGCCGAAAGUUUGAACAAUUUUUUGGAACGUAGGAAAGCGUGCAUGUACUUGGAAAGUGAAUGCUCCAAGAAGCUGAAGACAUCCUCUUCUAGGGGAGGAAAAACGCAUGGGAGACGCAACUCGAAUCGAACUACUGCUUCGGAGAACGUAUUCUUGCGAAACGAAAGCAUUGCAACAACACCUGUCGUUGAUGGGAAACGACACGCUAUCCUCAAAAGCUGUUCCGAUGCUGUGGCCCUAGAAUUUGACGAAAAGAGAGGUCGACGACUUGUCGCCUCCAGAAACAUCAAAGCAGGAAGCGUGCUGAUCGUUGAACCACCGUUUGCUUCCAGCACGAAUAAGGAAGCACUGGAUAGGAAUUGUUUGCAUUGUCACGCCAGCUUUAAAUCGCGCAGUACUGUUAAAAUUCCCUGUUACUCUUGUCGAACGGUGUCCUUUUGUUCGGAGAAAUGCCGAAAGGAAGCAUGGCGAACGUACCAUCGGUACGAAUGUUCAUUAUUCGAUUUUUUUUACGAAGGUAAUUCCUCCGAGCAAACGCAACGACAGGCUUCGCACUUGUUGCUGGCCUAUAGAAUGAUGGUCAUAGGCUCCUUAUCUUCGGGAGCUACGAAAAUGCAUAACAAUAAUGCAGGGGAAAAUGAUAUUCCGUUUCUGAACGACGAUUACCUUCGUUGUCAAGCCGCAAGUGCAAACAAGGAAAGCAGCGAGUUAGGAAUAAGCGAAAUUUAUAAAUCAGAGGACUAUCGCACCGUAUUAGGAUUGGAGACUCAUUGCACGACUUUAGAACCUAAUGUGAAUCUAAUUCGCGCUAUCGAGGCAAUAUUUUUAACAAAAUGUUUUACUUCUGUGUUGAGUAAAAUGGAUGUUGUUUGUUUAAAAGAAACAUUCCUCUCGUUGGCUGUCGGAAUGUUGCAUCAUUUACAGGCCGUUAACUGCAACGCUUACGAGAUCGUAGAGAACGUGUACAACGAGAAAACCCAUGUAUGGGAACCGAGAGAGAUUGGUGGGGCAAUUUAUCCGUCGGUUAGUCUCGUCAAUCAUAGCUGUUAUCCAAACAUCGUUCGUCAUUCGUAUCCAGCAGGAAUGGUCGUGGUAAGAACGUUGCGCUUUAUCGGCAAGGGCAGUGAAAUUCUCGAUUGCUACGGACCACACUUUCUUAGCGAAGGUAGACUACAAAGGCGCGAGUACCUAUGGAAAAAGUAUCGUUUCUUAUGCGAAUGCGAAGCUUGUACGCAAAACUGGCAAUCCCCGUUACCCGACACAAUGAGUUACAAAUGCAAGACAUGUUCUGAAAUUAUUUGUGAGUUUCCUUUAAAUGAAAAAGAUAUCCGACAAGCAUCAAUUAUGAAAUGUUUCGCUUGUAAGGAAAAAAUUGACUGCAAAAAGGUGAAUGGUCAAUUUCGAAAAUCAGUCGAUAAAAGAUUAAAUGCGAUUUCUAAAAUGUACGAAGGCCACUAUGCACAGGCUUUGCCUCAAUUGCUUGAGCACAUACAGUUUAUUGAAAAGUUCUUUACUGUACCCAACAUCGAGACUAUCAAAACACAACAAUGUAUCAUUCAAUGUUACAAUCGGUUUGGCUGUACCUCCAAAUAAUAAUAAAUUAACAAUACAAAUGUCUAUAUAUAUAUAUAUAUCGAUACAUGGUUUGGA